AUGCGGAUCUGUCUCCUGUGGAUCAGCUGGACCCUGUGGUUCUGCAGCGGAGCUCUGCAGCAUCCUCAGCGGGAGGAGGGAGACCUGGAGCCCGGCGGGCGGAGGGAGGAGGUCCGGUUCAGACCCGGCAGACUUGCAGCUCUCCUGGGACCGGGGGACCGGGUGAAGUUCGGGACCCGGAGAGCAGCUCAUAGUGGUCCUGGUGUCUGUGGAGACCGGUGUUGUGUCCAAAGAACUCUGUCUCCUGGACCAGGAGAAACCAGAAGAAGCUCCAAACCCAGAUGUUCUCAUGCAGACAGAUGUCCACUGACCAACAGAUGUGUCUGUAGACAGCGUUUCCAUGGUAACCGCUGCAUGAAACUUCCUGUUGGAGAGCGCCGUGCGACGGCUCCACCAGUCGUGACUGCUCUACCUCCUUCUUCCACCACCACAACAGAACCAGUCAAGACCUGCAUCAGACCUGAACCUGCAGAGUCAGAUCCAAACCCGUCAUCCAUAGAAGACAAGGACCUCAUGAUUACAGACUCUGGCACCGUCAAAUCUGAAAAUCCUGAAGCUGAGACUGAAAACAUCAAGUUGAACAGAGGUGUGUCCAUGAAGGAGAACCGAGCCUCCUUAGAACAUCUGGGAGUGACGAGUACUGACUCAGAUAUGGAGGAGCAAAGAACAGCCUCUGAGCACGUGAUUCUGGACCCAGAUCCUGGAUCUAAAAGAGAAAACAAGACUCGAUCCAUUCCUGAGUCCCUGAAACUGAAUCUAGGACUGAAAGAGGAUGAACGUUGGACAAGUGGGACAAGGACGUGGGAGAAGAAGAAGAACCAGAUACUGAGUCUGAGGGAAGCUCAGUCAGUCCUGCUGAGGAAGACUUCAUCACUGGGAGGAAGAGGAGUCAGCAUUGCCGCCUUCUUGAUGAAGCACAUUCUAAGAGAGAAGAGGAAGCUUCACAUUCUGACCUCCUCUUCAUCUCCUUUGUUGAUAAAAUUCAGCCUGAAGACUUUCCACACCAGGAGGGGUCAGGGCCCGGUCCAACUUGCUGCUCGCACAGCUAACGGACAGACGGGAGGAAGAGGAACAGAGAGGUUCCAGGUGACGUUCACGCCGACCAUCUGUAAGGUGCUCUGCAGCCAGGACCGGUGUGUCAACCACUGCGAGAGAGGGAACGUCACCACGCUGUACAGCGAAGGAGGAGGAGGAGGAGGAGGAAGGAGAGACAGCGCCCAUGGACCGGGUUUCAGAGUCUUCCUCUGCCCGCUGCUCUGUAAGAACGGAGGCGUCUGUCUGCAGAAAGAUCGCUGCUUCUGUCCCAAAAACUUCACCGGAAAGUUCUGCCAAAUUCCCGCCUCACCUUCCGCCUCCUCCAAUCAGAUCAGCAGACCCGCCCUCCUCGCCACCGCAGCAGCCAAUCAGGAGCUGAUGAGGUCAGAGUUCCUGCUUCCGUUGGGUCAGAACCAGGAGGCGCUGCAGGAAUCCAGCUCCCCCAUGGUGAAGGUCAGAGUUCAGCACCCGCCUGAGGCCAGCGUGAAGAUCCACCAGGUGAUGAAGGUGUCUGGUUCUGGUCCUGCCCUGCAGACCAGUUCUUCCUCCUCUUCGGGUUCGGCCGGAGCUCCGGCCCCAUCGCCGGUUCUCGCAGGUGGUGGAGUCCAGGCCCAGAUCCUGAGCGGUGUCAGUACCUACAACCACCAGUCGGGCUUCAGAUAUUGUUUCAGAGAGGUGAAAGACGGACAGUGCAGUUCCCCACUCCCUGGUCUGCGGAGCAGAGAAACCUGCUGUCGGGGGACAGGGAAGGCGUGGGGACUCACUGAUUGUGUCCUCUGUCCUGAAAACUCAGGUCAGACCAACGGCAGUUGUCCGGUUGGGUUCGAGCGAUCCAACGGGUCUCAGUGUGUCGAUGUGAAUGAGUGCCACCAGCAGGGGCUCUGUGAGAACGGCCUCUGUGUGAACACCAGGGGGAGCUUUAGCUGUGUGUGUCGCUUGGGGUUCAUCCUCGAUGCCACACAUGGAAUCUGCAUCUCCCACAGUGUGAUAUCGGAGGAGAAGGGUCAGUGUUACCGGAUCCUCGGUUCUGGUCUGGGUCCGUCUUCUUGCUCCAUGCCCAUCUUCCGGAACAUCACCAAGCAGAUCUGCUGCUGCAGCCGUGUCGGGAAGGCCUGGGGACCCGAGUGCCAGAAGUGCCCUUACUUUGGGUCAGCUGCCUUUAAGGAGAUCUGUCCCGCCGGGCCCGGGUACCAUUACUCAGCUUCCACUCUGCAGUUCACUCAGAGAGCCGACCCGGCGGGCCGAGGCCCGCUGCUGACAUCACAGGACAGCAGAGAUUCUGAACCCGGGUCCAGCAGCACCAGAACCUCCAGUUCCCAGCAGAAACUGUCCCCUGGUUCAUCAGCAGGUACCAGACCCGCUCAGCCUAAGCCGGAGGUCCGACUUCCGUCACAGCCUCCGCUCAGCUCCUCCAGAACAUUUCAACCUUCUGGGUCCACAAUCUCAACCUCCCAUCAGAACCGGGUCGACUCAGCACAAACAAACUCUCGGUCCACUGACAGCCGAGGUGCUCCGACAUCCUCCGGGUCCCGAUCCGAUCCAGUCGCACCUCGAGGCGACUCUGCCUCGGCUCCGGCCCAACGUGGAUCCAGACCUGACUUAGCCCGGCCUCAUGUGAGCCCGACGACCCGACCCACCAGAGUCCAGGUGGUUCAAGGUGUGUGUGAGAGCAGACCAGGUGUAUGUGGGCGUGGCCUGUGCGUGGAUCUGCCACGUGGGAAUCACACCUGUAAGUGUGAUCAAGGUUUCCAACUCAACACUCAGCGACAACACUGUCACGAUAUCGAUGAGUGUCAGCAGAACCCCUGCAGCAACGCUCGCUGUGAGAACACACCUGGCAGCUACAGGUGUGUUUGUCGCCAUGGUUACAGACUCAUCGGCAACACCUGCUCAGAUGUGGACGAGUGUGUGGAUUCUCUGCAGUGUCCUGGUCAGGAGUGUAUCAACACUCAGGGUUCGUUUCGUUGUGAGUCCUGCCAGCCGGGAUUCGGACUUCUCAACAGGCUCUGCACAGACAUUGAUGAGUGCCGUCGGUCUCCUUGCCCCAAUGGUCGCUGUGAAAACACACCUGGCAGUUACCGCUGUGUCUGUCGCCAUGGUUACAAGCUCCAAAACAACACCUGCACAGAUGUAGACGAAUGCGCAGAGCCGUCUCAGUGUCCUGGGCAGAUGUGUGUGAACUCUGUGGGGUCCUACAGUUGUGUGUCCUGUCGUCCUGGCUACACACUGACCAACAGACAGUGUACAGAUGUAGACGAGUGUGUGAACAUCGGAGCCUGUGAAGCAGAUCAGGUGUGCGUGAACACAGUCGGGUCGUUCCGGUGCGACUGUGGUCCCGGGUAUCGACGCUCCGGCCUGGGGAGGCAGUGCCGAGACGUUAACGAGUGUUUGGAGGGAGACUUCUGUUUCUCCAGGGGAGAGUGUGUGAACACGCCUGGAUCAUACAUGUGCGUGUGUUCACCUGGAUUCACGCUCAGCGACAACCGGACGGCCUGCCUCGACGUGGACGAGUGUGUGAGGUCAGGGGUGUGUUCAGACGGCCGCUGUGUGAACACUGAAGGUUCGUUUCAGUGCGAGUGUAGAAGCGGCUUCGCCAGCAACCCUGAGAAGAACGCCUGCCUCGAUGUUGAUGAGUGCGUCUCCUCGAGUGGUUCGGUUUGUGGGUCACAGCGAUGUGAGAAUACGAUCGGCUCAUACCGCUGCCUCGUGAGUUGUGAGCCAGGUUAUCAGGUGUCAGCGGACGGCCGCUGCGUAGGUGAGCCAGAGCCCCUGAAUGUCACCGCAGACCAUGACUCUCCGUUUCUUUUUGUUUCUCCACAAACAGAAACACUUCCUGGCUCCCCACACACCUCCUUUUCUUCUUCAGGUUCUUCCACAAGUUCUUUCACCUCCUCCUCCUUCCUUGUCAGCAUGGUGGAUGUUGCUCCGGUGCUGCCCCCACUUCCUGUGGCACGUCCUGGGGAGGUCAGGGAGUGUUACUACAACCUGGCUGACCAGGGAACCUGCAGCCUGCUGGCCACCAACACUAGCCAGCAGGAGUGUUGCUGCACUGUGGGGGAGGGUUGGGGCCUGGGCUGCCAGUACAACACCUGCCCACCUGUAGACACAGCCGAGUUUCUAUCUCUGUGUCCCAGCGGGAGAGGAUACAUCACAGCAGGACCAGGAGCUUUCAGCUACAGAGACGUGGAUGAGUGUAAACGUUUCCAUCCAGAGGUCUGUAAGAACGGAGUGUGUGUGAACAACAUCCCCGGGUACAGCUGCUACUGCUCCAGUGGAUAUGUUUACAACAGCAUGAUGCUGGAGUGUGUCGAUCAUGAUGAGUGUGAGGAGGAAAGUUGUGUUGGAGGCCUUUGUGUCAACACAGUGGGUUCAUAUUACUGCAGCUGUUUGCCUCCGUUGGUGCUCGACGACACUCAGAGAAACUGUGUCAACGCGUCCCACCUCACCAUAGAUGAGAAUCUGUCUGUGUGCUGGCAGCACGUCACCGCAGACCUGCUGUGUCAGAGUCCUCUGCUCGGAGCUCAGGUCACGUUCAUCGACUGCUGCUGUUUUUAUGGGGAGGGUUGGGGGAUGGGCUGUGCCCUCUGCCCCGCCACCGACUCCGAGGACUAUGCGUCGCUGUGCAGCUCCUUUUCUGCUCCUGUGUUCCCGGAGCGUUUUCCAGAGUCUGCUGGAUCAGAAACUGGAGCAGGUCACGGCGGCGCCAGUCCCCCCUACAGUCGGGACUUCCUCCCUCCAGAGUUGGCUCCCAGCAGAGACUUCGGUCGUCCUGAUUACGAUGAUUACUCUCCAGCAGGGGGCAGCAGGUCCAGCUUCAGGGGCAGGACCGGUCUGCCUGAUGAAACCUAUCAAGGACCCGAGUUCAGCACCAGUUAUUACUCUGAAGGAGACUACGGCUCCCCCGACAGCUCCCAUCGCAGGCCUCCAUCUUUUGGCCUCCCGCCGGACUCCCGAUCUGAGCUCGGGUUUGGGACCCGGUCUGACUUACCUGCUCUGAACCUGGCUCCGCUGCCCGGAUCUCCCUACGAGGUUCAGGAGGAAGAGGAGGAGGAGGAGAGGACGUGGAGACCAGGUCCAAGGUUUCCCUCCUUCACUGACCGGAGCAGAGGAGGAGCAGGAGGAGGAGGCGCACCACGGAGGGUGUACGAGAGGCGUUACGACACGUAUGCCGGCCUGAACGCAGCAGAGGAUUGUGGGAUACUCCACGGCUGUGAGAACGGCAGGUGUAUCCGUGUCUCGGAGGGUUACACCUGCGACUGUUACCAAGGAUACGUGCUGGACACGACCUCCAUGACCUGCGUCGAUCUAAAUGAGUGUGAGGACAGUGUGGGCCUGCAGUUCCCGUGUGUGAACGCUCGCUGUGUGAACACCGAAGGAUCGUUUCGCUGCGUCUGCAGGAGAGGAUACGUCACGUCCCGCAGACCCAACCACUGCGUCGCUGUCUAG